AUGGCUUCUGUAACUGAAGCACCAGGACUUUGGGGAAUCAAUGCACAGUACAUGCAGCCUGGAGACUACAUCAUUGGAGCUCUGUUCCCUUUCCAUGAGUUCGGUACUGGUCUAGCUCAUCGAUUAAAGCCUGAGAGGGUGACUUGUGACAGCUUUUACCCACAUGGUUACGGAAUGUUUCUGGCAAUGACAUUUGCGAUCGACGAAAUAAAUAACUCCACCUCACUUUUGCCGGGAACACGCCUGGGCUAUGAAGUCCACGACGAUUGUUUUGAGACUUUGGCCUCCAUCCUGCCGAGCCUCCUCUUCUUGUCUAACAGCAAGGGGAAUGGGGUUGACGUGCUCUGCAACUACUCAGAGUACAGGAGCCAGGUGAUUGCCCUGCUGGGACCAUGGACAUCGGAACAGGCAAUUACCAUAGCCAAAUUGUUCGGGUUGUUUUUGUUUCCACAGAUUAGUUACGGAGCCUCCAGUGCCAAACUAAGCAACAAGAAGAUCUUUCCGUCAUUCCUGAGGGUAAUGCCAAGUGACAAUAACCAAGCAAUAGCCAUUGUUUCUAUUAUCAAGAAGUUCAAAUGGAACUGGAUUGCUGGCAUUGGGAGUGAUGAUGAAUAUGGCCUGCCCAGUACCAAGCAAAAAAUCUCAGAGAUCGUCAACCAUAUCAGCCAAGUGAACGUUAACAUUAUCAUCCUCUUCUCCAGUGAAGGACCUGUUCAGGAACUGCUGAAAGAGGUGAUUCAGAGAAAUAUCACCAGGAAGGUCUGGAUUGCAAGUGAAGCUUGGGUUAAAUCGGAUAUUGUUAUUCACAUACCAGGUAUUGAGCGCAUUGGCACAGUGAUUGGUACAGUCAUUAACAGUGGCAGCAUGCCAGGUUUUGAGGAUUACAUUCUAAACCAUCUCACCAACAUCAGGAAUUCAAAGGGACAGCGAUGUGAUGCAGAGUACUGUGGUAACCAUACCUUUCCUUUUUGGCCGUACCCCACCUCACAGCAGCUCCUCGGCGGCGUUCAACACCUGUCACCUGAAAACCUGUCCAUUGUGUUGGACCAGCCGGUAAGACGGGACACAUUCAGUGUGUACAUGGCUGUGUAUAGUAUUGCACACGCACUACAUACCCUACUAAAGUGCCACGCUGGGAGAUAUCUGGCAGGAAAGAGAAAUGCAGGAGCAUUGUCAAAAGACUUAAUGAGAAAGCUGCUGGAAGCGUUAAAACAAGUUAACUUCACCGUCAACGGAGUUGUCAUUUCUUUAGAUGCUGAAGGAAACUCACAGCAAGGUUACGACAUCAUUACCUGGACGCAGCGUGCAGGACAACUCCAGCUAUCAGUGAUUGGCGGCUACAAAGAUCACUUGACAAUCGAUGCUUCUCCAAUUCAGUGGAAGACAGACAAUAAUGAGGUACCUCUGUCCCACUGUUCCAAGAGCUGUGGCCUGGGACAAAAGAAACUUGUCAUCAGUCUUUACUCCUGCUGCUUUGAAUGUGAAGAUUGCCCAAGUGGAACCUUCCAGAACUCAACUGAUGGUUUUUCCUGUUAUCAUUGCCAACCAGAUGAAUGGUCUCUGCCAAAAAGCUCUUCCUGCUUCAAGAGAACUCUUCAGUACCUGUCCAUGUCCUCACCUGUUGGUGUGACUCUGCUCCUGUUCAUGGUGCUUGAGCUCAUGCUAAAAUUGGCUGUCACAGUCAUCUUCCUGGUGAAUUCUGGUGCCCCGAUUGUGGAAGGUACCGGUGGGAAAAUGAACAUAGUCAUCCUAACCUCACUGGCUCUCUUAUGCUGCAGCUCAUUGCUUUUCCUUGGAGAACCUACUGAACUCACCUGCAAGUUACGCCAGCCAGUGACUACUCUUAGCCUCACCAUCUGCACAUCAGUUCUGCUUAUCAAUUCAGUACAGAUCCUGCUCACCACGGAGCUAACCAGUUUAAGCAAGCCUUUCCUCUGCAAAUACCAAUGGUCUGGAAGGUACUUUAUCCUCUGUGCCAGCCUUGGGGGGCAAGGAGCCCUUUGUUACCUGUGGCUGAAGACACACGGUGACUUUCUGAUGAUGACCACGGGCGAUUCUGAAGGUGCCCUUUCCCUCUUCUGCAAGAGUGAUUCAGAGCUGGUGUUCUGGCUGAUGUUGGGAUAUAGUGGCCUCCGGGCACUGGCCUGCUUCAUGUGUACCUUUCUGAUCCAAACACCGGCUCGAACCUACAAUCUAGCCUGGGAGAUUAGUGUUGCCAUGAUCUUUUUUAUCUCUGUCUGGAUUUGCUUUAUCCCAACCUACACAGCUGUAAAAAAGAACUACGCACCUGCUGUACAGAUCAGUGCUAUGCUCCUCAGUUCCAUGGCAAUACUUGGUGCCUAUUUUAUCCCCAAAUGUUUUGUGCUUUGGUUUAAGUCACAGUACAAUACUUCCAAGUUUAUAAUCUUAAAAUUUCAGUAAAGGAGGAGCAUCAAUGAUAUAAAGUAUCUGAAUCUGCUUAAGAGAUAGUUCAGAUAGCUAGAGGAAGGAAUUCACAUAGAUGGAAAAUCACGGAUAGA